CUCCACAGAGAGGGAGAGAGAGGAAUUUAAUAACAACAGAUAAGAUGAGGCUGGAGGUGGACAUGGAUGGCUUCGCUUUCCCAUCCUUGUCUCCCACCAGAACCUGAAACCCUAAUUUCUCGAACUCUCCUGUAAACAUCUUCCUUCUUUCUCUUUCUUCUACCUUCUUGGAAAUUUCUCAGCUAUCCCCGCCAAUUAUCUUACUGUCCCCGUCUCUUUCCUUUCCUUUUUGCUCGAUUUCAUCCAAUUAUUCCUCAAUUUUCUUUCAAGGAACGAAUCCAAGGAAUUGGAUUUAAUUAUUUAUUUUCUUGUGUUUCGUUGGGGAAAAUCGAAGCUUGGAAGCGAUGAUGAAGGCGACGCAGGUGAUUUCCACCCCCAAUUUUCGGUAAAGUUUGGAUUUUAUUUCAAGGUUUCAGAUCCGUGGCGGUCUUCUGAAAGUUGGUUUGCUUCCAUCUGAGGCGAGAGCAUUGGAUUCCUCCCUGGUUUGGAGAGCUGACGCCCAAUUUGCAGGCACUGAGGUUAUGUAGGAGUUGGAUUGGAUUCUUUUGCUGUAUUUCUUGGGGGUUUUGAAGAGCAAUUGAUGUCGUUGAAGAGCCUCAUCCAGGACAUGAGGGGCGAGAUAGGCAGCAUCUCGAGGAAGGGGUUUGAGGUGAGGCUUGGGUAUGGCCUGAGAUCGAGGUCGCAUCGGGUGGUCCAUGAUGCAGUGGGGCCGCCGCCGGUCGAUGCCUUGAAGCAGAGCUGCUGGGCGAAUAUGCCGCCAGAGCUCCUGCGGGAUGUUCUUAUGAGGAUAGAGGAGGCCGAGAGCUUGUGGCCCCUGAGGAAGGAUGUCGUGGCCUGUGCUGGAGUGUGCCGGAGCUGGAGGGAUAUCAUGAAGGAGAUUGUGAAGACUCCUGAGCUGUCUGGCAAGCUGACGUUCCCAAUCUCAGUGAAGCAGCCUGGCCCAAGGGACUUUCCCCUCCAGUGUUUCAUAAAGCGGAAUCGAGCCGCACAAACAUACCAUCUUUACCUUGGUCUAUCCCAAGCAUUAACGGAUAAUGGCAAAUUCCUUCUUGCUGCACGCAAAUGCCGACGUCCUACCUGCACUGACUACCUCAUCUCGCUGGAUGCGGAUGACAUGUCAAAGGGAAGUGGAACCUAUAUUGGCAAGUUAAGAUCAAACUUUUUGGGUACCAAGUUUACGGUUUAUGAUGCUCAGCCUCCUCAUGCUGGAGCCAUUGUCUCAAAAGGUCGCUCCACUCGGAUUGUGGGUUCUAAACAAGUCUCUCCCAGAGUUCCUGCUGGAAAUUACCCAGUUGCCCAUAUUGCUUAUGAGUUGAACGUGCUAGGUUCCAGAGGUCCUAGAAGAAUGCAUUGUGUCAUGGACUCCAUCCCUGCUUCUGCGAUAGAACCAGGAGGGGUGGCUCCCACACCAACAGAGUUCCUUCCUAGCAGCCUUGAUUCGUUCCCAUCAAUUCCAUUCUUCAGAUCCAAGUCAUCUCGCUCGGAGAACUUGUCGGGGCCUUUUUCCAGCCAGAAGGAGGGAAAGUUGGUGUUAAAGAACAAAGCUCCAAGGUGGCAUGAGCAGCUCCAGUGUUGGUGCCUAAAUUUUAGGGGACGGGUGACCGUUGCAUCGGUGAAGAACUUCCAGCUGGUGGCUUCAGAAGAGAAUGGACCAGCUGGCCAGGAGCACGAUAAGGUAAUUCUUCAAUUUGGCAAGGUGGGAAAGGACUUGUUUACUAUGGAUUACCGGUAUCCAAUAUCAGCAUUUCAGGCAUUUGCUAUCUGCCUCAGUAGUUUCGACACCAAAAUAGCUUGUGAGUAAGACAAGCAGCUUACAUCCUCAGGUGCUUCUAGAUGCUGGGCCAUCUGAAUAAAGUUGGGAAGAAGCAAGAAACGGCACAGAUUUAGGAACACAGGUAAAAGCAGCAGCUUAGCCGAUUCAUCUCUUCCUACGUAGAAUUUAAUGCAUGGUGUACAUAACUUUUCUGAGAGUUUCCUCAAUAUCUUUUAAUGCUCCUUGUCAGUUAGUGAUCUUUAUGCUUGCCUUUGAGGACAACUGGAAGACUGCGUUUUAUAGCAUUGUGUUUUUGUGCACUGAGAUGUGUAUGAUGCUGCCAUGUAAUGCUGCAGAAUCAGUGAUAUGCUUUGCCUCGUAGGAACAUUGGUGUUGCUACUCUAUUAUUUCAAACUUAUUUCGUGUGAAAAAAGAUAUUAAGACAAAUUCUGUAAUUCCUUUGCCUUAUGGUUUAUGUGCUUUGAGUGCAUUGUAGUUAUAUGUUC